AUGGCGACUUCGGUUAAGCGUAGGCGGGUGAGUUCGCGACAGCCAGCGCAAGCGCGUCUCACCCCUACCAGGUCCCCCUCCGAGGGUCCCUGCCUGCGCGGCCCUCCUGCACCCGUGGCCCGGCCUGCGUGCGCGCCGCCGUCCUCUCCCGCCCGAGGGGACUCUGCUCGACACUGCCCUCCCUUGUCUCAGGUGGCAGAGCCCGUGGGCGGCGGCGGCGAUGGCGACGCGGAUCUGGACCCGGUAACGGGCUUCCUGAGUUGGUGCGAGCGGGUCGGGCUGGAGCUGAGCCCCAAGGUGGCGGUGAGCCGGCAGGGCACGGUGGCCGGCUACGGCAUGGUGGCCCGCGAGAGCGUACAGCCCGGGGAGCUGUUGUUCACGGUGCCGCGGGCCGCUCUCCUGUCCCCGCACACCUGCGCCAUCGGCGGCCUGCUGGAGCGAGAGCAAGGCGCGUUGCAGAGCCAGUCGGGUUGGGUGCCGCUGCUGCUGGCGCUACUCCACGAACUACAGGCCCCGACCUCGCUCUGGAACCCCUACUUCGCGCUCUGGCCCGAGCUCGACCACCUGGAGCACCCCAUGUUCUGGCCCGAGGAGGAACGCAGGCGACUGCUGCAGGGCACAGGUGUGCUGGAGGCCGUGGAGAAGGAUUUGGCCAACAUUCGCAGAGAGUACAAUUCCAUCGUGCUGCCGUUCAUGGAAGCCCAUCCUGAUCUCUUCAGCCCCAGGGUUCGCUCCCUGGAACUCUACCAGCAGCUCGUGGCCCUUGUAAUGGCCUACAGCUUUCAGGAACCACUAGAGGAAGAUGAUGAUGAAAAGGAGCCAAACUCCCCUUUGAUGGUGCCUGCUGCAGACAUCCUAAACCACGUAGCUAAUCAUAAUGCCAAUUUAGAAUACUCACCAGAUUGUCUUCGGAUGGUUGCCACCCAGCCCAUUCCUAAAGGCCAUGAGAUUUUCAACACGUAUGGGCAAAUGGCUAAUUGGCAACUGCUUCAUAUGUAUGGUUUUGUUGAGCCAUAUCCCGGCAAUACUGACGACACCGCUGACAUCCAGAUGGUGACCGUUCGUGAAGCAGCGUUACAGGGAACAAAAGUUGAAGCUGAAAGGCUGCUACUAUAUGAACGUUGGGAUUUCUUAUGCAAACUGGAGAUGGUUGGGGAUGAGGGAGCCUUUGUGGUCGGGCGGGAGGAGGUGAUAACUGAAGAGGAGCUGACUGCCACACUCAAGGUACUGUGCAUGCCUGCUGAGGAGUUCGAAGAGUUGAAAGACCAGGACAACUGGGAAGAUGACAGCAGAGAAGAGGACAGCCUGACACUCACCAAGAUGCCAAAGCUCAGAGCAUCGUGGAGACAGCUUCUUCGGGCCAGUGUAUUGUUGACCCUGCAAGCCUAUGCUGCAGACUUACAGACAGAGCAAAGCAUACUCAGUAAUCAGGAGGCUUAUGCCAAACUCACCUGGAGGGAACAGCAGGCCUUACAGGUUCGCUAUGGUCAGAAGAUGAUUUUACACAACUUGUUAGAACUGACAAGUUAG